UCUCUGCACUCUAAAAAAAUCGAAUCCAACCGCCGAAAAAAGCAGAAGCGACGCGCAUAAUUUCGAAUGUAAACUGACGCGCAGCCCGCAAGUGAUAAAUAAAAAAGAGUGCUAGUACAGUAACAGUACGUCCGGCAUUCAAGUGCGCGCAACUAGAAAACGCAUUUGCAUUGGCAGCAGCAGCAGCAACAAAAACAACAAUGGACGAGUUUACUCAGCUCAUGCUCGAGAAGGCGGAACAGCGCAGUCGCGCCCUCGGCAUCAGCAACGCCAGCAAAUUCCCCCUCUCCGAGUGCAGCGUUCCGACGUCGGAUGCCGCCGCGGUGGCUCCCAGGAGCCACUCUCCGGGUGUGCAGAGCGCCGCCAGCAGCAGUGGCAAGGUCGUGCUGCUAGACAAGGCUUCGCUGGAGGCGUCGCCAUCCAAGCCGCUGCGUCACUAUACGGCGGUCAAGGACAAGGAGAACAUGGAGAUGGGCAUUGAGAUAAACAUAACCACAGACAAAGCAAUUGGGGUGCAAGUUGAGAUCCAAGAGCAGGAGGUGACCGACGACGACGAGGAGGCGGAGACACCGAGUCCCGCCCUGGAGCCAGUUAACCAGCCGCUGGCGAGACUCAGGGACACUUCCCGUAGCAGACUGCAGCGCAUGGGCGCUUUGUACUCGAACACUGACGACCUCUCCUCGCCCAUCCACCGCACGGAGGGGCAGUUCCAUGCGGGCGACGACGACGAUAUGACCAGCCGCUGCAGCAGACAGCCGAAGCAGAAAUUUGGGAAACUAGCCGCUUUAGCGGACACUAUUAACCAGUGGGAGGACGACACGGCACACCACGAUGUGCACAGACCCAUUGAGGCGCCGCCACCGAAGCCGGAUUUGCCCAGUCGGCGGGCAGAGAAGGGGCCUGCCCCGCAACCCCCACGUAAGGACGAAGUAGACGAGGCUGCCCGGACCAAGCAGCUAAAGUGGGAUCCAAAGGUACUGAGCUCAUUGGAGGCCCAAGGUUUUCAGCGCCGCGAGUCGUCGACUAUUAAACACACAUAUGAUUAUGCCAAACAGGGAGAGCCGGCGCCAGCGGUCAAGCCACCAGUGCCAGAGAAAUCGACGACCGUCAGCCAGGUGGCCAGAACCUUUGGGUCCUCUGCUCCUCAGCUAGCCAAGCCUGCACCAGCUUCAGCGCCUGCGGUGAGCGUGAAGUCUGGUUUGGUUUCCGGCCGAGCAGCCAUUUUCGAGAAUAAAGCCGGUGGCAGUGGACAGUUGCAAGGCAGCCAGCGUAACCAGAAGGAUCCCUGCGAGCUGUCGCUGAAGGAGCGCAUGAAGCUCUUCGAAACAGGGAACAACAAGGCCAUGCUGCCCAAGGCGCCCAUUGGAACUGCUCCCAGUAUUAGCCAGAUCAGGCCCGAGGAGGCGAAAGCCCAUGUGGCGGCAGUGCAUCCGGUGACCGCUGCGGCUGCUACCACGGUAUCUGCUGCUGCGGCUAAACCCAAGCCGGAGAACAAGCUGCGCGACAAGGUGGCCGCUCUGGUGGCCAACGCUCAAUCCAGCUCUGAGAACAGGUUCAAGGAAAUCGAUCGCCAGAGACAGGAGGACAUGCAGAUAAUCUCGAAUCGUUUCAACAAGCAAAAGGAGCUUUUCGACAUCCAGCAAUCGGCCAGUGUUGUGCCUGCACCGGUUCCAGCACCUGCGCCAGCUCCUAGUAGAUUGGUGCGUCCCAUGCCGCCGCCUCCGCCACCGCCCACUGUAGGACUUUCACCCGCAUCGGCCAGCAGCAAGAGGCGUUCACCUGGUGAUGCGCCCAUCACUGACGAGGACUCCAAGCGAGCCCGCACAUCUCAUUCCGAUCGCCUGUAUCCGGCCUUGUCCGACCUCGAUUCCAGCGGGGACAACUGCUGUGCCACGGAAACGGCCUCCGCCACCGAUGACAGCCACCAUCUGGACGAGGAGGAGACGGAAAGUUGCAUGGAUGAGUCGGAGGACCAGUCGCAGACUGAGGACAGCAGCGCCGGUAUGUGCAACGGCAGCCUGGGCCGCGAGAUAAUGAGCGCCGUGCAGCGCAACGAGGCGGAGCAUCAGCAGUGUGCCAAAAAGACGGUGCACUAUGCGGACCAGAACAUGUACUACAGCCACGAGGCUCACGAGGACAGCUCGUUGAACUCGUCGCAAGCCUCGGGCAUGGAUGAUUAUUUGAAUCAGGCUCUGGGCGAGGAUUACGGCAGCACUCAGGACGAUGAGAGCGAGAGCGGGGAUGAUCAGAAUGCCAGUCGGCUGUCCUUCGGCAGCAAAGGAACCACGGCCUCGAACAGCUUCUCCUUCCGAAAGAAUCCAGCCACCAGCACUUGCACACCCAUCGAUGAGCACUCGGAUAUCAUGGACGUGCAGACGCCGCUGCCCAGUGGAGCGCAGCCGGUCAAGUCCGAGCUGAGCGUGAACCAGGACAACGACAACCUGGUCACCUUGGUGCACACUGUGAGCUUCUACCGUCGCCAGCAGAGUGCCAACAGCUCCAAUUCCACGCCCGUGCGGAAGAUAUGCCGCGAGCAGCAGGUGAUGCGAUCAGCUCUCGCAGGGGACUGUCAUGCCAAGCACAGGCUGGAAUAUGACUCACCGCAACAGGGCGAAGGUGGGGCGGCUAGCAUGGACGAGCAGACCGAUGAGGACGACGAUCAGGCUCAGAAUGCGCGCGACUCCAGCGAGGCCUCGCAGGCCCAGGACAAGAUCAAGAAGCUGCUGAGCGAGGUGUGCAAGCAGCAGCAGGUGAUCGGCCAGGCAAGCCAGGCCCUCAAUCUGUGCGCGGCCACCGUCGAGUUCUCCGGCUCUACGGAGUCCGUGGAGGGGGAGCGGUAUCUCCUGCUGGCAACCCAUCGUCGGCAGGCCUGCCUGGACGAGGUGCAACGUUUGCGGGUGGAGAACAGCAUGCGUCCCGUGGGCGCACCCAAGGAGAAGGGACUGCUAACUGUGAAGGACAUCACGAUUCCCCUGCGCCAGGAGUAUGUGCGUAAAAUGGCUUCGGGCAACAUUAAUGGACAUCACUUGGUGUGUCUGCUGAAGUACAAUGAGCACGUACUGGCCACCAAGACUGUGCCCACGAUGCCUGGCCUGUUGUCGGUCAAGUUCCCCGACGUCUUGCAGCUGAACAAUGUGUACGCCGACUUCCGGAUCACGUUGGAAAUCUAUGGCAUGCUGGCCCAACGCGAUCAGCUACCCCACGAGCUCAAGUAUCACAUUAACGUGAAUAAGAAGGGCGGCGUGAAGACGCCCAAGAAGAAGAGUGGCGAGAAUCGGCUGGUGAUGCCGCCGGUGCAGAGUCCGGCCGGGCCUCAUGUGGUGCGAAAGCCGCAGCUGGUGCAGUAUGGCUUUGCCAUCUUCUCGCUGCGUGAGAUCCAGCGCACCAGCUGGACGCUGACCCAGGUGUUGGGCGUCAGCCCACUGGAGGGCGUCGUCCAUAUGAAGGUUAACUGCGAACUGUCCGUGAGCGUGGAGUACAAGGGAUUCCUCACCAUGUUCGAGGACAUCUCCGGCUUCGGGGCCUGGCAUCGCCGCUGGUGCUAUCUGAACGGCUCUGUGCUGAACUUCUGGAAAUAUCCGGACGAUGAGAAGCGCAAGACGCCCAUGGGUAGCAUUGAUCUGAAUGCCUGCAGCUCCCAGAAGGUGUCAACCGCACCUCGUGACAUUUGCGCCCGCCUUAACACCAUGCUGCUGGAGUGCGAGCGCCCGGCGAUGGACACGGACCAGGAGUCGCUGAUAAUCGUGCCCAAAGGACACACAACCACUGUGCGGCAUCUGCUCUCCGCCGACACGAAGGAGGAGCGCGAGGAGUGGUGCGCCUACUUCAACAAGGCGCUGACGCUGCUGCGCGCCUGGGGAAACACCCACUAGACCCGAGUGGGCCGCUUGCAAUUGCUGUCAGACCGCGGACCACGAACGGGCGGGUUGUUUAAAGUUUUCUCUUUUUAAGUUUUACUAACCUUACUACUUUAAUUGCGUUUGUCUCAUUUUUUGUUUUACGUUUCCCAUUCAAAUUAAGUGGAUUUCUGUAGGCCUUGUUUGGAUAUAACUCGUAAAAUUCAUGUACAUUGCAUUAUAGGAUGUCCCGCUAAAAUCUAUAUAUAUAUAUUAAAUACAUUUAAAUCCCAGUAAAAA